AGGUUUUGUGUAAGUGAUGCGUGUAUGAAUUGUCUGUAAGUGAAUCCUAACUCAAAUAGAAUGGAAGGGAGCUGUUUUUGUGCUUUUGCUGCUGCUUCUGUACUUUCCAUUGUCAAAGCAGGCUUACAUGAUCAUGAUCCUAACUCACUCAUAAGAGGCAGAGAAUUAGAGAAAGCUGUAUUUAUUUAUUUAGUUGAAAAAUUGAUAUGCAGUUAUAAAGUGACAUAUUUUGACAGAGGCUUAAAUUAAAAUGGAUGCGCAUGGUUAUGGCAGCACCUAAGUGUUAAGGGCAUACAAAUCAUAAUAAGUUUUUUCAUAAAUAGUUAGUUAUGGUAAUUUAAAACAACAGAUUAUAGACCGAUUUUAAUCUGUUAACUGAUAAAUAUUAGCUGUUUUAUCAUCUAUCAACUAACAACUCUAGUUAUUAGCUGUUUCUAACAGCUAAACCAAACAGAGCCAAUUUUUUAAAAGAUAAUACUUAAAAAUUUAUGUGACCUUAACACUUUGUUGUGUGGCAAUAACCAUACUAAAUAGAUAGAUUCUAUCAUUCUAAUCAUUCAAUGGAAAACAAAGAGGGGCUUUUGCUUAGCUGCCUAUCUGUUAUGUUAGAAUUUAGUGAGUGUGCUUCUUAUUUUAUUUUGCCUAUUAUUAAUAUGAUUGUGGAACAUUUUUCUCGUCUAACUUAAUUCAUAUGUGAUCAUGAGAAGCGGAUGGGUGCUGAUGUUCGCAUUUUGGAUACAAUUGGACAAAAUAAUACCGACCACUUUUUUGUUGUUACCCAGCAUGUUGAUCUUUGAAACAAGCUUCAGGAGGGAGGUUAGUGUGUUACUAGUACAUCCUUAAAUAGUUAAAUCAAUAACUGAUUUCAUGCUAGUGUUUUGAUGAAUAUUAGUCAUGGCAGUGAAAUCAAUUUUUACCGUACCAAAGGUAUUUUUCCAGCUGUUGGGUGUGCUUUUUGGUGCAAGUGUUUGAGUGGGUAAAAUCCUUCUAGUCCCUAAUGUUCAGUUCUGAAAUGAUAGAUAAAUUCCAUAAUCCUUGUUUCUUAAUUUUUGUAAUCAUUUGUGUUGUAAUAGCACCUUUAAACAUGCAAUUUUAUUUAUCUCAUUUUCCUCCCUCCAGGUGCCUGGUGUUCCUUUAGUAUUUUCGACAAGACAAGCCCUUUUCCUUGAGCCGCCAUCUGCAUUUCAAUAUCAGUUUGUCAAAGUUUCUCAAGAAGAAAGUCUACAUAGGACUGAAAAGGAUCAUAAGUUAUUGAAGAAGAUGACUAAAAGCCUUUUGGCGAAUGAGGUUGUAGGAGAGUUGUCUAAUGAUGUUGAAGGUUUAGGAUAUCAUGAUUGUGGAUAGCAGGUGCAUAACACAAGAAAGUGUAAUACUGGAAAGGAAAUUGGUGUGAAGGAUAUAAUUCAAUUCAAGAGAAAAAAAGCUAAGGUUCCAAAUCCACUUUCACUUAAGAAGAAAAGAAGCCAUGAAAACCUGGAUCCUGGGUCUGUUAAGGAAUGUAAUGAAGGUGAGAAAAGGAUGAGAAGGAGCAGGAAAAGGAAGAGGCAAAUUAGAGAUAAAAGUGUUGCAGGGACAGAGACAGCAAAUGAUAGAUAGCUCAUUGCUAGUAUUUGCUGGGAGUAACAUUUAACUUUAAAAUGUAAUUAAUAGAAACAAGUAACUAAUUGUUUGAUGUGCGUCAAAAUUUGUUACGCAAACUAGAGAUUCAAUUUAUUUCAUCUCAGCUUAAGAAAGCAAAUACUAUGUC